AAAUUUUGAAUGGGUUAUAUUAAGGAAUAUAUAUGGUUAAGUCUUUAUUCUUGCUUUUCCCUUUUUUUUCUAUCGUCUAUGUUUUGUGUAGUAGGGGAAAUGAGCUUCCUGAAUUUAAGAAUUGUGUAUCUGCAUGUGUUGCUUUAAAUUGUAGAGAAGAUGCCCCUAGACAAUUUAUUCGAGGAAGACUUUCUCUUGUUUUAAGAAUAGGAAUGUGGGAUUGUCAAAGUGAAUGUGAUUAUUCAUGUCAAAGAAUUGUAACGUUGUAUAGAAAAAAGAAUGGAUUACAAAAAGAGCAAUUUUGGGGUAAAUGGUAUUUUAUCAGAAUAUUAGCCAUGCAGGAGCCUGCGAGUGUGGUUUUCUCUAUAUUAAAUGGAUACGUUCAUUAUCUUGGUUUUUGUUGGAUAAAAUUAUUGAUUCCUUCUGAUUAUGUAUUUAAAAAGUUUUAUAUUAUAUAUGCACUUUUAGGAUUAAAUACAUGGUUCUGGAGUGCUGUUUAUCAUAUAAGGGAUUUUAAAUUUACUGAAAGGGCUGAUUAUUUUUCUGCAGGAGCACUUACUUUAUGGAGUUUUUUUUUUACUCCUCUUAGGAUUUUUCGCUUAGAUCUUUGCAGAAAUUAUAACUUUUUUGUUUAUUUAUGGGCAUUUACUUGUAUAUUUGCUUUCUUGAUUCAUGUUAUAUAUUUAUCUUUUGUGAAAUUUAAUUACUCAUAUAAUAUGGCUGCUAAUGUACUUAUUGGAUUUUCUCAGAAUAUUUUAUGGGUAUAUUAUUCUUUAUCUAACUACGGUACUAGGCCUUUUGCUUUAUGGCCUAUGUAUAUUGUUUGUGCUAUUAUGAUUGCUAUGUGUUUUGAGAUUUUUGAUUUCCCUCCUAUUUUAUAUUUGUUUGAUGCGCAUAGUUUAUGGCAUAUGGCGACUAUUCCUAUUGUAUAUUAUUGGUAUAAAUUUUUAAUUCUAGAUAGUAAUUUUGAGUCAAAAAAUGUUAAAGGUGUACAAGAGGCUAUAUUUAGAUAA